UGAGCACCGCUUUCACGCAGGAAAACUGGUACAGGACUGGGGGGGGGGGGGGGGGGAGUGACAGGAAAGCGAUCACCGAUGGCUCAGCGUCGGGGACUGGAUUUGGGACUUGGAGAUAAAGAUCCUGUUCUAUUGAAUUCCCUUUCGCAUACAUGAACUGCUAACCAUGUCUUUCAAUUAGUUCACCUGAAAUCACAAAGGACAUGGGUAACUCUUAUGCAGGGCAGCUGAAAUCUGCACGGUUUGAGGAAGCUCUUCACAAUUCCAUAGAAGCUUCCCUAAGAUGUAGCAGUGUGGUGCCGCGUCCGGUGUUCUCCCAGCUCUAUCUAAAUGCAGAAAACUCCACUUUCUCUGCAGAUGGUGUUGAUGUUAAACCAAAAGUUGAAGAACUUGAGAAGGAUUUUGCUCAGAGAUACUCCCAAAAUGGCAACAUGGACUUGGAUGAUGACGACGAAGAGGAAGACGACUUGUCCGAUUCAAACAGUCCUCCUUUGCCGUAUGCACAGAAGCCAGCCCCAGAAGGAUCGUGUAGUGUAGAUGGAUUCUGCCAAGCAGGGAAGGAUUUACGGUUAGCUUCACUCAGUAAAGAGCAAAUAGAAGUUCCUCCAGGCUUUCUUUUGGUUGGUGUGAAGACUCAGAGUCUCCCAGAACAAAUUCUUGUCUGUGCAGUUGAUAAAAGGUUUCUCCCUGAUGACGAUGGGAAAAAUGCACUUUUGGGUUUCUGUGGAAAUUGCAUUGGCUGCGGAGAGCGAGGUUUUAGAUAUUUUACAGAGUUUUCCAAUCACAUUAACCUAAAGCUUACAACUCAGCCAAAGAAGCAAAAGCACUUAAGGUAUUAUCUUGUGAGAAACUCCCAAGGAGCACUCUGCAAAGGGCCACUUAUCUGCUGGAAAGAGCCUCGAAGUCGGCCAUUCCCUACUGCGGUUGCAAAGCCAAUCACUUCCGUCUCCCUAACCUCUAAGAAUGGAAACGCUAAUGGGCACAAAUCUGGAUUCACCCAUUCGGAGAUACAAUCUUAUGCCUCAGCCAAAGCACCCACUACUCUUAAUUCAAGUACGCCUCAGGAUUUGUCCCGACAUAAGGGCAUCGUGAAGCCACUACCACUACCUGUCCAUGCUGUAGGAAAGACUUUUCCUGCAGUCCAAGCACCAGAGAUCACCAAUGGUACCAUGAAUGGAACAAGAGUCACAGUACUAAAUUCAGCACCAUCACAUCCACUGGCUCACUCAACAUCCCCAAGUCCUGGAUGCGUUGCUGGUGAUAGUGCAAUGAUAACUUUUUCUGGACCACCAAAGAAAAGACACAGAGGAUGGCCACCAAGCUCCCCAGUUCAAGCACCAGUGUUGUCUUUUCCUUCACCUCCUGUGCGGCAAAUCACAAGACCAGCCUCUCUGGCCCAGCCUGUUUUGGGUGGAGUUUUUCAGCCGCAUCCGAUUCCAGCUGGAGAAACUGUAAUUGUGCCUGAAAAUCUACUGAAUACCUCAGGUGUGCGGCCUGUGAUAUUGAUAGGCUAUGGCACAUUGCCAUACUUCUAUGGAAAUGUUGGAGAUAUUGUUGUAAGUCCAUUGUUGAUGAAUUGCUACAAGUUACAGGAAUCUGAGAAAAAGGAGCUGGAUCAGAUGGGAGUGUCCAGCAGUCAAUUCCUCAGUGUGGAAAAUCUUAUUCUGCUCACCAUCCAGUACCUUGUGAAGCUUGGUCCAGAUCAGAUACCAAUUCGUGAGGUUUUUGAACCAAUUGUGCUGAAAGCUUUGCAGGACUUUACUUAUAAGGAUCGCUCCAUGCAGAUGAACUCUCCCGUAAUGUCUGUGUCACAAGCUCAGCUUCCAUGGUUGGCCCGCUUGUCAGCCAGUGUUUCGCAAGAUUUGGUUCAUGUCCUCGUUACACAGAACUCACUGGCAGAGGGCAUCUCCGAGACUCUUCGAUCUCUGAGUGAUAUGAAACCUCUGCAGAGGCUUCCGGACUAUGUAGUAGUGAUCUGUUGUUCAAAGGUGCGAGGGAAUGAAUUUUGUGUGAUUGCUCUUGGAAAAUACCAGUCCCGAGUUCUUGCUGAGAGUAUGCUGACUACAAGUGAAUUCCUGAAGGAGAUUAGCUAUGAGCUAAUCACAGGUAAAGUCAGCUUCUUGGCCUCACACUUCAAAAACACAUCUAUGGGUGAUGAUUUGGACAGGCUGUUGGAGAGGAUUCAAAAAAAGAGAGGAGAUAAUGUUAUUAUUCCUUUUAAUGGAGAUGUGAAAGAAUGUGUCUCAUCCAUGGAGGCAGCCAGCAUGCUCCCCACACAGGGCAGAGGCUACAGCACAGACAGCCUUCAGAUAUGCCAGUCUCAGCUGAUGGUUGCUCGGAAGCUUCUGUCCCAGGUGUGUGCCAUUGCAGAUAGUGGGAGUCAAUGUCUGGAUCUGGGCCGUUUCAGUAAAGUGGAUUUUCUGAUUGUUGUCCCUCGCUCAGAAGUUUUGGUACAACAGACCCUGCAAAGGAUUAGGCUUUCAGGGGUUCUAACAGAUUUGGGGCUAGAGGACCCUGCAUGUGCAAAUCAGCGAGCUGACAAAUGUAUACUCCGACUUGAUGGAGACGUACAAGCCAAAUUUGAUGCAUUUAUGAGAAAAGUGAAGGAAAAUCCUUACACACUAUUUGUUCUUAUACAUGAUGAUAGCCAUGUGGACCUAACAAGUGCGUUGUCGGGGACUUUGCCUCAUGGAGAUCCAAGUCAGGGGCUUUCUGACCGGAUUAUUAAUAGUUGUGACGUGCAGGAGGCUCUGAAUCUCAUUGUGCUACAAGUUAGUGCCUUCCCUUACGCCUUACAGACACAACAGUCUAAAAUCGGCUCCGGCAAUGAGGUGCAUUGGAUUCAUCCAGACUUGGUGGAGGACGUUGCCAAUGAGGACAAACUUUACUUUGGCAUCAAUGAAUACAGUAGAUCUCUCCAGUGGGGCAUAACAAGUCCCCUUCUGAGAUGUGAUGAAACAUUUGAGAAAAUGGUGAACACCCUUUUGGAAAGGUACCCGAGGUUACACAGCAUGGUGAUACGAUGCUACCUCCUCAUUCAGCAGUAUUGUGAAGCUCUCAUGGCUCUAACCACCAUGGCGUCGCUCAGAGAUCACACCACACCGGAGACGCUGAGCAUCAUGGAUGACCUCCUCAGCUCCCCUGGAAAGGACAAAAGUGGACAGGGUCACAUGCUCCUUAUCCGGGUUCCUUCAGUACAACUAGCAAUGUUGGCUAAGGAAAGACUUCAGGAAGUAAGAGAUAAGCUGGGGUUGCAGUAUCGCUUUGAAGCGCUGCUCGGUAAUCCAGCCUCCGAACUCUGUGUUGCGAAGCACUUUGUUACCAGAUUAAAGGUAUGGAGGGGAUGUGAUCAAGAAGACUGGGUUCCUAGAACGUAUAAGGAUCUUGAAGGCCUACCUUGUAUUUUAUUUCUCACAGGCAAGGAUCCCCUGGGAGAAACUUUCCCGAGAUCUCUAAAAUACUGUGAUCUACGACUGAUUGACUCCAGCUUUCUAACCCGAACGGCAUUGGAACAGGAAAUUGGCCUGGCAUGUUGCUAUGUAUCCAAAGAAGUCAUCAGAGAGCCCACGACUGUUCUAGAUUUAAGUGAUAAAGACAUUAAAGUUAAUUCUACAGAGAAUGACUCCGAUGAGCUGUUCAUAGAUCUAGACAGACCUCAGAGUAAUGGCAGUGAAGUCACAGGAGCUUCAGGGUCCAUUGCGGAGAAUGGCGUUAGUUCCUCUAGUGCCGCUGAAGAAACUCAGAGACAGCCAACAAACCAUGACUUCCACAAUAUGGCAAAUAGCUCAGUGGAUGAAGGCACUUACCCAAAUUCCACAGCCAGCGAUUUUAAACCAGAAUGUGAUUCUCUUGGAACACAAAUGGCCAGCAGCACAACGUCCAAACUCUCCUCCUCGUCAUCACAAGCCUACCAGUGGAGUCACCAUUAUGGGAACAAAAACAGGACGUUGAACUUGGCUUUACCCCGUAUUGUGGUUCUAUCGAGGGCUACUUAUAACCUUUUGGCUUCUCAUAAACAUGGACAAACUCCCUCUACAAUUUCUCUCUUGCCCCAUGCUGAUGUCAGUUGGUCAAGAUCAUUAAGACCUAUCAUUUCUAAAGACUUGAGCAGUGAAGAACAAUCGCUAUAUUACAGGCAGUGGACAACAGCCAGACAGCAUCAUGCUGAUUUUAUAAACCCAAGUGAGCCUGCGGGAACAAGGACUGUUCAUCCACGUCGUCUACUCCUGACUGGACCCCCACAGGUUGGCAAGACUGGUGCCUACUUGCAGUUCCUCAGGAUCCUGUAUCGCAUGUUGAUUCGGCUUCUGGAAGUAGAUGUCUAUGAUGAAGAGGAAAUAAAUGCAGAUAUGGAAAAGGAGGAAGACCAAGAAACAGGAACAGAAAAGGAGCUUUGGCCAGACAUUGAAGUCUUCAGUAAAAUGCCCUUUGACGUUACUGUGCAUGAUCCAAAAUACAGACAGAUCAGCCGUCUUUACACCGAGAAUUUGCUAAUUAAACAAGAGUUUCUAGGAUUGUGUCAUGAUGACUCCCGAAAACGUGAAACCAUUUCUGUGAUGCUCACCAAAUAUGCAUCAUACAACACUUUUCAUCACUGUGAGCAGUGUCACCAGUAUAUGGAUGUCAGCUCCACCUCUCAGACGUCUGACUCCACCAUACAUGCCUUCACAUUCUCAUCAUCAGUGCUCGGUGAGGAGGUUCAGCUUCACUUCAUCAUUCCGAAAUCUAAAGAGCAUCAUUUUGUAUUCAACAAACAGGGCAAGCAUCUGGAGAGCAUGCGGCUCCCCCUGGCGUCUGAUGCACAAAACCCAAUUAUGGUUAAGAGCCCAAUUUUCACCCCAUCCAGUGGGCGUCAUGAGCAUGGUCUAUUAAACCUUUACCAUGCGAUGGAAGGCAUUGAUCAUUUACAUAUUAUGGUAGUAAAGGAAUAUGAAAUGCCUCUUUACAGAAAGUACUGGUCCAACCACAUCAUGCUAGUGCUUCCUAGCAUGUUUAACAAUGCCGGAGCGGGAGCUUCCAGGUUCCUUAUUAAAGAACUCUCUUACCAUAACCUGGAGUUGGAAAGGAAUCGCAUGGAAGAAGUAGGGGUGAAACGUCAGUGUGUGUGGCCAUUCAUCAUCAUAAUGGAUGACUCGUGCGUUUUAUGGAACGUCCAUAAUAAAGUUCCAGAGCAGUCAAGCAGCCAUUCAGUAGAUGCCGAAUGUGGCUCUAGGAAUGUGUCCCUAAAAUAUGUCAUACAGCACAUGGAAGCCACACCAAAAAUAUCCAGCUAUGCAAUGUUUGGGAUUCAGAAAUGGAACAGCAAGUUAGAUUCCUCUGCCCCUAGACGUUCAUUCUCCAGGUGUCAUAUUCACGACUUCAUUCUCCUCAACGUAGACUUGAGUCAGAACGUGCAGUAUGACCUCAACAGAUACUUCUGUGAGGAUAUAGACUUUAUCCUUCGAGCCAACAGUGGGGGGCUGCUCAUCUGCCGCUACAACAACUUCAGCCUCAUGAAAAAGCACAUUCAAGUGGGAGGUCACAAGGACUUCAUUGUUAAGCCCAAAAUUUUGAUCACAGAAAGCACUGUUCCUAUUUCUCCUCUGCAGUAUGUGUGCGCCCCAGAUAGUGAGCAGACACUGUUGGCUGCUCCUGCGCAGUUCCUCCUUGAGAAGUUUCUUCAACACAGUUCUCACAAGCUGUUCCCAAAGGCUCUUAACAAUCCAAGGAACCCAUUACUGGCUGUAGACUGCUACUUAAAUCUAGGACCUCAGGUAUCACUGUGUUAUGUGAGCUCAAGACCACACUCUGUGAAUGUGAACACCGAGGGAGUAGAUUUCAGUGGUCUUCUCCUCUAUUUGUGUGACUCCUUUGUGUGUUCAACAAUGCUUAAGAAGUUCAAGUUUCUUAAAGGUGCCACUCUUUGCGUUAUUUGUCAAGACCGGAGCUCCCUCAGGCAAACAAUUGGACGAUUAGAGCUUGAAGAUGAAUGGCAGUUCAGACUGCGAGAUGAAUUUCAGACUGCCAACAGUAUUGACGAUAAACCACUCUUUUUCCUUACUGGGCACCACGUUUGAAGGUGGAAGGAAAUCCUUUUCUGAUAUGCCAAGAUAAAGACUUGACACAAGUGAAAUGGAACACGUGCAAAUGAGUUGGGGCUUAGAUUCCAAUACUUCAAUUUGCCUUGCUGAGAUGAAGCUGCCCUCUGGACAUGGAUAUUUAUGGACCAAUGAAGUCUACAGAGCCGUUACCCCAACUGGCUUUGGUCUUCUUUAAUAUAAUACUGUGGACUUUCUUGAAUGUGGUUCAAUGGACUUCUCAGGGGUUCAUUAUUACCAAAUGAUGGAUAGCGGCACAAUCUCUUCCUGUAUCAGUAUUUUUAUAUUGUGAACAAUGUUUUUCUAUCAAUCCAUACAUUUUAUGUGAGAUUGUCACAAUUAAUAGUCUACAAUCCACCAUUUGCACCUGGUUGCUCUUUACUAAGAAACACAUUUGUGCACCAGAUAAUCACCCCUUAUGUUAUGCUCUAGUAUCAAAUGUUGGGAAAUGGGGAGUCAAAUUAUUUAGCAAAGUCUCAAAAGUGUUCUCUCUUCGGCAAGUUACAUUUGUCAUGUAAGGAAAGUUAAUACAAGGUACUUCCACCGCUGCAGCACAAAUAUAAGGUAGCGGGGUUGGGGGCAGCUGCGCAUGUGUGCCUAUGCGUGCUCCCACAGUCCUGGCCACCAGAGAGCGGCGCUUUUUCCUAUAGUAUGCCACCACUGCUGGAUUGCAAGGGGUCAUAACCCCUGAGUACGAGCAGUGUAUAAUGUGAUGAAAAAAUGAAUCAAGCCAGCAAAGGAGGCAAUAUGGACAAUGACAAUACAUGAGUAAGUGUCUUGUAUUUGCUUUGUCUACAGGAAAAAUGUCAUCUGUUGAAAUGAGAAAACCCCUUUAAUACUUGAAAAUUGGCAUAAAACAGUGAGUGCCAUCCAGGCAUGGAUAGACCAAGGCAGUAAGCAUCUGCAUAUGGCUUCUAGACAACCUGCCCUGC